AUGAACGAUUUAAGAAGAAUAGAAAAAGAGAUCCAAGAAAAGCAACGUUUAGUACAGUUCCUAGAUGAAAUAAGGCUCCCUCAUUUUUUAAGAAUCCGUAUCGUCCAACAGCAAGGUUGUUAAAAUAAGUGAGAAGACAGGCAAAUUUUAUAAAGACAACAAGUCAUUAGAAAUACGAGGAAAUGAUAGAGAAAGUCAUGUAGAGAAGUCCACGAUAAAGUAGAAUAAAAGAACCUCCUACUCAUGAAUAAAUAUUAGAUAAUAUUAUCUAGGAGUUAAAAAAAGAAAUUGAAUAAAAAAAAACAAAUUUGUAUUAUAAUUGUUGAAAUAGAUCUCCAACAUUUUGUUUAAGAAGAAGAGAGCAUUUUGAUUAACAUGAUAAGAUUUUGACUCUUAAAACUCUGGUCUCACAUAUCCAUAAUGAACAAUCAUAAAGAAAUCGUUAACCUUAAUCUAAAUUUCCUUGUAUCUAAUAAGAUAAUAAUUCAUGUGAUUCAGAUAGAGUGAUGUCAAUAAUCUCAGCAUGUUCUAAAUAAAACAAUUAGUUAGAAAAAAUGCAUAAAUUCGUGAAUUAAAAACAGAGAAACUAAAGAAAAAGAUUUGCCUCUUUACAUGAUCAAAUAGGAUUACUAUAUUUAUUAGAGUGA